AUGACUCGACCCAACGAAGGAGGCGUCUACGGCACGCCGCUGCUCGCCAAGCCCGAAGAUACCGUCGACGCCGCCGAACGCGGCCGCUCCAACGGCACCCUCACGCCCACCCGCGGCGGCACCACGUCCAACACCACGAGCCGCCCGACCCUCUCGCGCCGCUCCACGGCCAUGCGCUCGCGCAGCCCGCGCGGCUUCGCCGCCGAGCAGGCCGCGCGCAAGAAGUACACCUACGCCGCCUUCUUCCUCGCCGUCUCGCUCGUCGCCUUUUGCGCGCAGACGGAGCUCAGCGCGCACAUCCAGCACGACCUCGGCUGGGACAAGGCCUACUGCAUGAUGUACCUGACCCACGGCAGCUGGGUCGUCCUCUGGCCCGCCCAGCUGCUCGUCCUGCGCCUGCGCCGCCUCGACCAGCCCUGGCCGGUCUUUUGGCGCCGCCACACCCAGCUGCUCAAGACCACGGCGCUCAUGGUCGAGGCGCAGACGCUCGACGUGUUCGGGGCGAGCCUGGGGUACACGGCGCGCUCGGCGCGGUACAUGCUCAGGGUGACGGCGAUGGUGACGACGGCGCUGACGGUGGCGGGGCUGAGCUGGUACGUGGCGGUGAGCAUGACGACGCCGUCGGACUUGACGGCCAUUUACAACUGCUCGGCCUUCUUCGCGUACGCCUUCUCGGUGCCGCUGCUGCGCGAGCCGCUGCGCUUCGACAAGUCCGUUGCUGUGCUCAUCGCCAUCGUCGGCGUCCUUGUCGUCGCGUACGGCGACACCGGCGGUGCCGAAGCCGGCGCAUCCUCGUCCGGCCCCGACGCCUCCUCCGAGAACCGCUUCCUCGGCAACGUGGUCAUCGGCUUCGGCUCCGUCCUCUACGGGCUGUACGAGGUCAUGUACAAGCGCUACGCCUGCCCGCCCGACGGCGUCUCGCCGGGCCGCGGCAUGAUCUUCGCCAACACCUUUGGCUCCCUCAUCGGCCUCUUCACCCUCACCGUCCUCUGGGUCCCGCUCCCCGUCCUCCACCUCCUCGGCUGGGAGCGCUUCCGCCUCCCCGACGCCGCCACCGCGCGCCUCGUCCUGCUCGCCGUGCUCUGCAACGCCGUCUUCAGCGGCUCCUUCCUCGUCCUCAUCAGUCUCACCUCGCCGGUGCUCUCCUCGGUCGCCGCGCUCCUCACCAUCUUCAUCGUGGCGCUGGCGGACUGGGCGCUGACGGGGCGCCCGCUGAGCGGCGCGGCGAUGCUGGGCGGGUCGAUGAUCGUGGUGGCGUUCCUGGCGCUGAGCUGGAGCACGUACCGCGAGAUGACGGAGCACGAGGCGCAGAAGCUGGCGGUCGACUUGACGGACAGCGACGACGAGGAUGCCAACAUGAGCGGCAGCGAUGCAUGA